CCUAUCAGGAUUAGGGGGUCCAGCACAAAGAAAAAAAAACGAAUUAAAUUGUUUGCGGGCCAAGAAUACUUAGUUAUGGCGGAGAAGGUCCAGAAAGAAGUUUGCAUUUUUUCUAGCCGUUCAUCUGCGCGUGUAAGGGAAAGGAUCAUACGUGAAAGGCUAAAUGAGAUUUUUACAACUGGCCAGCCCUUUGACAGAGUGAUGGUACUCACUGUCAGAAACCGUUUGCAAGGAGGCUUAUUGGGUUUAUUUGAGAUUUCACCUCACUGUUUGGGACGUGUGAUAAAAAAGACCUUCCCAAAUGUGCAAAGGAAACGGAUUCACUCAUGCUGGUAUUACUUUGGCAUUAAAGCAAAGGAACAAGAUUCUUGUGUGCUUGUUAAACCAAGCACUCCUGCACUAACAGCACAUGCUGAUCAAGACAAGCUAAACACCACAAACAAUAGUCAACCAGGUACUGAGUUCAAAUGUUACAAAAUACCUUCACUUAACAUAUUCCGGGGAGAUCUUCAGUUAAGCCAGCAAGACUGCAUAGGUGAAGGGACAUUUGGAAAGUGCUUUUCAGGAAUAUAUAAAGGAGUAACAGUUGCGGUCAAAACAUUUAAAGACCAACAGGAUUAUAAGGCUGUCCACAAAGAGUGUGAGAUCCUUACUGAGAUACCAAGCCAUCCAAACAUUGCCAUGCUUGUAGGAGUAUCCACAGAUGAAAUUCCAUUUCUCCUCCUAACCAAACUCUGCACAAUCAAUGGAAUUCCAAAGACAUACUCAACAUUUUUAAGGGAAGAAAAUAAUUCCUUAAGUAAGGGAGUAUUUCUAUCUGUGAUGUAUGACAUGUGCUUUGCGAUUAGUCAUAUGCAUCAGCAACACAUAUUGCACAAUGACAUCAAGUCAAACAAUUUCAUAAUUGAGAAAGUGGGCAGUAGGAUACGGCCCAUACUGAUUGACUUUGGGAAAGCAACAAGAGAAAAUAGACCAAGAGCAAUGGCAAAGAUGACUUAUUCAGAAAGGACAUUAUACAGAAGAAAGUACCCACACAUAGCACCUGAGAUCUCUGUUGGUAAACGGCAAAGCAUUGCAAGUGAUAUCUUUUCAUUUGGCUAUUUAUAUUGUACCUCUUUAAAGGUGAUUUUUGAAACAGAUAGCCGAGAAGGGUACAAUGAACUUUUUAAACUUGGCCAGCUAUUAACUCAUCACUAUCCUAGCAAACGAAUCACAAUAGAGAAAGCUAUGGUGAUCAUUAAUAAAGCACUAGAGUGUUCCAUCCAUGGCCCCACAGAUAGAUAAAAAGUACAAGACGAUCUUCAUGCCAACAUUAGGGUUUCCACAAAAAAUAACUUGUGCAAUGUAGAUUUAGUUAGAGUAAGGAUACUUCAUAUACAAAAUAUAAGUUGUACAGUAUAUUAUCACUGUUCAUUUUGCUUUAAAGGAGUACUAUCUA